CCUUCCGUUCCCAUCCCGCGAAAACCCAAAACCCAAAACCCCUUUCCUUCCAAAGGGCGAUGUCCUAAAACCCUAAUUUCCCCAGUCCGAACCCAAAUCCAAACGCCAUGAGCUCCUUCACCAACACCACCAAUUUCGACAACCUCAUGCUCCAAACCCUAAUGGGCAGGCUCCAAAUCCGACCCCCCACCAACAACUCCUUCCUCUCCCAAACCCUCGAGGAGCUCCUCUUCGACGCCGCCAAUCUCUCCGACGACGACGACGAUGAGAACAAGACCCAGCUCGCCAAGGAAGAAUCCCGCCUUGAGAAGGAGAUCAUCCGGGUUGUUCUCAGCGGCAAGACCGAUUCCCUCAAGCCCAAUUCGGGUCAGGCCGUCACGAUCGGGGAGCACCACAUUUGCGUUGGGUUUCAUGAGGAAUCGGGUUCGGAAUAUCGGGUUUGGGAGUGGCAUGGGCAUAUCAUGCUCUUUGAUGAAGAGAACGGGUACACCCCUGAGUAUAUAUAUGGGAAUUACUUUGAGAGGCUGAUUGGUAAGGCUCGUGGAAAUGGCGGCGGCGGAAGUGGUGGUGUUCGUGAAGAGGAGACCAAGGAGGAAGAGGAGGAAGAUAAAGAGAAGGUGACCACUUUGGGGCUCAGGGAGUUGAUUGAUGGUGUGGAUUCGGGUCAGGGUCGGAUUCUUCAUCGGAAUAUCAAUGCGGGUUCUACAAGGAUUAAUUAAAAGAAAGACUUUUGGUUCUUAAGAAGUUUCUGAUGUUAAAGAAGGAGCUGCGUUGAACUUUUCUUUUCUUUGGUACUUGGUGUGGGAAUUCAGGACUGCUUAUCACUUUACAUGGUUGUAAGCUGUUUUCUUUUUGUUGGUUUUCGUUUGAAUUUCCACUACGUAAGACGGUACAGAAGAAGGAAUGUAUUGUGAGACAUCAUUCUGUUAAAAGUAGUUUUUGAUUAACUUAUCAAUGGACUAAAAAUGGUGCAUCGACUCUUUUAUA